AUGCAGCACCCUGGUCCUGCCCUCGUGUAUAUGUCCAAAGCUCCCGGCACGGCCAAGCAAUACCAGGGCGACGGCGAGUGGUUCAAGAUCCACCAAGAGAGCGUCUGCGACAAGAACAAGGACUUUACUAAAGACGCCUGGUGUACUUGGGACAAGGAUCGUAUUGAGUUCACGAUUCCUGCGAGUCUGCCUGACGGAGAAUAUUUGAUUCGACCGGAGCACAUUGGUGUGCACGGUGCCCACGUUGGGCAAGCCGAGUUCUACAACACGUGCGCUCAAGUCAAGGUUGUCGGUGGUGGAAAUGGAACGCCCGGGCCUACCGUCAGAUUCCCCGGUGCUUACAAGAAGGAUGACCCUUCAUUCAACUUUAGUAUCUACAAUGGAUACAAGGAUUAUCCUAUGCCUGGUCCGGAGGUCUGGACUGGCGCGUCGGGCUCUAGCUCUGCUUCUGAGGUGGCUAGCGUCAAUGCUACCGCUGCCGCUACCGCUAUCGCUACUACUUCUAAUGAGGGACACGAGGACACCUGUGGGAGCCACUACGUUCGUCGUGCUCACCCUCGCGCCUUCAGCUACUGA